GAAGAAUCGUAACUUCUGACGGCGAUUUCCUAGUUUCGACUCUCACGAAGCUCGACAGCAGCUACUGGAUCGUGGAGAGAAGUUGUGAGUCGGAAUUGUCAAUCGGCAAUUUCAGCUGGUGGCCGCGUCCUCCGCCAUCUGUGUGUCUUUACAAAGGAGACGAAUGCCGGAAUGGGUUUACUAGCUGACGACUGCUGAGCGAAGCUGGAAGCUAGAGCCAUCGAGAGCUCGAUCGAUCCCUGAUAAUAAUGUCGACGGCGACGCCAGGCGACCCCAGUCUUUCUCGCACUUUCAAGUACUUACUAGCUACCCAGUUGUUGUCCAGAGGAAUACCAUUCAUUUUCAAUUCAUGGAUCGUGAGGUACCUGACUGCCGAGGACUAUGCGAUUUACGCAGUGCAGUUUCACCUUUUCGUCACCUGCGUCCUGUUUCUCAGCCGGGAGGGAUUCCGGCGAGCCACCUUGAGGGCUGACGCUAAAGGUGCUGAAACUUCAACAGAGGAAUAUGCAACCAAGAUACUGAAAGUUGCUUGGAUGACUCUUCCACUUGGAAUUGUAAUCACAAUUGCAGCAUCUGCUUUUGUCUUCUGGUGGCAAGGGCUACACUACACUGACCCAUAUGGACAAGCUAUCUUGAUCAAUGGCGGUGCAUGUAUGCUGGAGCUUUUGGCAGAGCCGUUAUACAUCCUGUCACAGAACUUACUGCUACUUGAACUGCGGUUAAUUGUUGAAUCUGCUGCCACGCUUUUACGCUGUCUGACUAUGUACAUACUGGUCGUCAAGCUCUCUAGCAUGGACAAAAGGAUUGUUUUUGCACUGUCUCAGACUGCAUAUGGAGCUUGCUUGUUUGUAGGAUACUGGAGCUACUUUCUUCUGAGGCGUGCAUUUAGAAGUUUCAAACUAUUACCAUUCAGGCUAGGAACACUGAGGGAUUAUGAUAAGCAGCUCUCGAACAUGUGUAUGCUUUUUACUUUUCAAUCCUUCCGGAAGUUAAUCCUUCAAGAAGGCGAGAAGCUUGUCCUUGUGUGGCUGGAUACACCAUAUAAUCAAGCUGUAUAUGGAAUAGUCGACAAAUUAGGGAGCUUAGUAGUGAGACUGGUCUUUCUUCCUUUUGAAGAAAGCUCAUAUUCUACAUUUGCCAGGUCUGCAUCAGGACAGUAUCCUAACAAAAGCAAGAAGGUUGGGAGUUCUCUAACUGAGGCACUGAAGCUUGUAUUACUAAUUGGUCUUGUUUUCAUGGCGUUUGGUCCUAGUUAUUCCUACUCGCUCAUUCGAUUGCUAUAUGGCCAGAAAUGGAGUGAUGGAGAAGCUUCAAUAGCCCUCCAGUAUUAUUGCGUAUAUGUAAUCGUUUUAGCCAUGAAUGGCACUUCGGAAGCAUUUCUACAUGCUGUUGCUACAGAAAACCAGAUUAAACGUUCAAAUGACUCGUUGCUUCUGUUCUCCGUUAUCUAUGUGGUACUCAAUGUCUUACUGAUUCGGUCAGCUGGAGCAGUGGGCUUGAUACUGGCCAAUUCCUUAAGUAUCCUACAUUUUCUUCCAUAAGUUUCUUAGGUUUUCGCUUCAUAUUAAGGUUUCUUGUCUGUGUGGAGAUGCUUUAUUCAGUGUUCAAGAAGACGCGAUUAAUCUCUCGCCUAGGCGCGAUUAAUAGCUGGGCAGGAGGAAAUCGCCCCGUCUAGCCAUGGGCGAUUGAUCUAGGCACCUAGGCACUCGGAGGCGUGUUUUCACUCUGGUGGGUGACACCCAAAACAACUAAUAAAUAGGGAAAGUGUAGCCUUUUUGUGAAAAUCCCAAACCCUAUUUUAUUUUCCAUUUUCAUUCGACCAACCGCUCUCCCUCAUCGACCAGCAGUGAGAUCCCUCCUCAUGGUUGGCGACUUGGGAUGUUUGGGAUUGUGGAAAAGGGUUGUAUGUGUAUAUGAAUGGAUGAAUAAUGAUAUGGUGACUUGGGGUUUUGUAGAACAUGGCUUAUCUAUCAUUUUUUUUUCAACGUUUAAUCUCGCCUAGGCAACGACUAAUCGGCCUGGGUGCUGGGCGGUGCCUCUUCGCCUAGAUAGCGCCUAGCGUCUUCUUGAACAUUGGCUUUAUUACUUGAGAUAAGGGAACUUGUUUGUCUUGACUAGUAUAGAUAUGACCAUGAGGAUUAUAUACUCGGCAGUCUUCAUCAAGGGUUAUUUCCAGGUAUGGCUAUAUUGUGACAGACAUCUUCUCAUGCUUGUACUGCCCUGACCCAAAUUGAACUGACAUUGCUUUUUGCUCCCUAUAGGACUCCUCUGCGUUCUCCUUUUCCAGAUGUUUGCCUUCUGGUUGGCCAGUGCUUCUGAUUUCAGGGAUAGUUACUCUCAUUUCAGAGAGAGUAUUCCUUGACCGCGAGAAUUUCUGGUCGACAUUCUUCAUUCACUUUUCCAUUGGAGUAGCUUGCCUCUCCAUAUCGUUGAUCAUCAUGUGAGUACACUCUUCUCCAUUAGCCAAUAUCCUGUUAUGAGAAGAAAUUGAUGUUAAAGGUCCAAAUAUGUCGAUAAUUUCUCUUUUUUGUUCGGUCUUUGUAGAUAUCGCCGUGAAAGGUCCUUCAUCAACAAAAUUAUUCGUUUCCGUGAUCACGAAGACUGAACAAGAGUGGGACAUUGUAGCAGCAAGUUCCCUGUACAAGAGAUUUUCAGACAUUGCUGUAGAUAGCAAAGAUUGGUAAAAUCAGAAUCUUACCCCUCAAAAUUCGAGCAUCAACCUGAUGAGUCAUGCUCGAACAUCCUCAAAAUUCCACCGUUUUCGAAGCAGUUAGCAUUCGUGGUAUACAAUUAGCAACAAUUUACAUUGAUCUCAUAGAAUCUGACAAGGAUUUGCUUUCUUGUUUAGAAACAGUAUAACAAGAAGUCUGCAACAGAGCUGCUAAGCUACUUCAAUGAACAAGAAGUGUGUUGUUUUGUUCAUGUUGUAUCUGAACAAGAAAAAGCCGUGACUUAACCAUGUUAGUAACGAAUGAGUUCCGAAGAAUCAUUGUUGUUCUAACCCUCUCUUCAACGAAACCACCGGUUCACACUUUCUUGGGUAGGAACUAGGAACUCAUCGUUUCCUGAACAACAUGCUAAGUAAGUUUCUAUGCCUUCGAUUGCUCUCUGGCCUCUGGG